AUGAUCUUCCUCGUAGCCCUUGUCCUCACUGUAUGCGCCCUCACACCAACGGUUGAUUGUGCCACUGCAGGAAUUGAAUGGUGUUACCAUCUUCCAGCCUGCAAGGACACCAACUGGGCAACCAUCUCUCCUAAAUAUUGUAAUGGCUCCCGACAGUCUCCCAUUAACAUUAACACAACAGCUGCCAAACCUGAUGAAAGCCUGACAGAAUUCACCUUUACCAACUUCAGCAGUACCACCGCACUGACAACCAUUGAAAACACCGGCAAGACAGUCAAGGUUAACUUUGCAAGUGGCGUUCAGAUUUCAGGAGGAAGUCUCUCCGAAGCCUACAACAGCCUGCAAUUCCACUUGCAUUGGGGAAAUGGCCCCUCAAUCCCUGGCUCUGAGCACACAGUGGAUGGCAAGCGCUACCCCAUGGAGAUGCACAUUGUAAACGUCAAGUCAUCCUACAAUGGCAACUUAACCGAGGCGCUCGCAGACUCCACAUCACUUGCUGCUCUUGGUUUCUUCAUUGAGGAGAUGUCAGGCAAUGCCACUGGCGAACCUGCAAGCUGGAAGACCUUGGCCUCCUAUCUGGCUAACAUCACAACCAAAGGUCAAACUUUUACACUUCCUUCUGGAAUUUCACUGGAUGACCUCCUUGUUGGGGUGAACCGUGCAAAGUACUAUCGUUACCUUGGCUCCUUGACCACCCCUGCUUGCAAUGAGGUGGUCGUUUGGACUGUGUUCAAGGAGCCGAUCAAAGUCAGCAAGGAUUUGAUUGAACUCUUUAGCAAAACAGUACACGUCAACGACACCUCAUCGCCUUUAAUGACGAAUACCUUCAGAGGGAUCCAGCCAGAUCAACCAGUCACAACACAGGCUGUAAGCUCUGCCUCCACAACCUGCUACUCUCUGGGGCUGAUGGUGCUGAGUCUUGCUCUGUGGAAGAAUCUGUGA